CCCACCGAAGAAGACAGGACAAGAAACAGCGGACAGAGCAGGUCGUAAUAAUCGUAAUUUUUGAAUGGUGUAAAUUAAUAAUGGUAGCUGUCUAAUUUGAAAGAAAAAUUGAUAACUGGCAAGUUUGUUGGAUAGGAAAGUUGGUAGACAUUGGCAGUGACACAAGCUAACAGGAUUUGGCGACUGGCAGUGACACAAGCUAACAGGCUUUGGCGACAGAGGCAACUGUUAGCGUCUAAGCUAACCAGUCUGCUAGCUAUGAGCUAUCUUGAAGACAAAACCAUUCUUAGUUGAUAACCACAUAGAUUGUUAUCUAGCUAGCCAGAGUAGAGACACGGUCAAAGCUAUCGUUAACACGAAAUAUAUGUUUUUGUCAACUGUUAGCAAGAUCAUUGACGUUGGCCAGGUAACGUUAGCUUUCGUUGUCCUAGUGAGUCCCAGCCAAUGGCCAUUGUUAAAUUGACUAAGGCAAGUCACUGAAUAAUUAAUUUAUUGGGGCAAAAUGAACUCCGACGAGGUAGCAGCUCCAAAACCUGUCACCGAUGAUGAUGGCAUGUCAUGGUGGUAUCGAUGGCUCUGCAAAAUCGCUGGGGUCCUGGGCGGAGUAUCAUGUGCCAUCUCAGGAGUGUGGAUGUGUGUCACUGUCAACCCCUUAAACAUCGCAGCUGGAGUAUGGAUGGUGUUGAAUGCCUUUGUGUUGUUCCUGUGUGAAGUCCCAUUCUGCUGCCAGUUCAUUGAGUUUGCGAAUGCAGUGGCGGCUAGAGCUGACAAAUUCAAGCCAUGGCAGAAAGCCUUCUUCUACUGUGGGAUGGCACUGUUUCCCAUAUUCCUGAGCUUCUCCAUCACCACGUUGUUUGGGAAUGCCAUUGCCUUCGCUACAGGUGUCCUCUAUGGUCUCGCCUCCCUGGGCAAAAAGGGCGAUGCGGUGAGUUACGCCAGGCUGAAUCACGAGAAACAGGGGGAUGAGGAGAAGAUGACCGGGACGACUGACGGGUCAAUAUAGUGAGAUGGCUAUCCCAUCAUCCCUUUAUCUGUUCCCACAGAGGAGGAACACUAUCCUUAACCAAGGGACAAUGAUGUCAUCUCUGCUCCUCUCCUUUCCGCCCUCUCAGUUACUGAGUUUAUUUAUUUACCUAAAUGGCUGCAUCUUUGAUGUCUUACUUGGUGUAAUUUUUCCAUAUAUAUUUAAUGUUGUUUGGUCCUUAGUGUGAAUUUUGUUUUCCAUGACAUUUAUUGUAAAGGUUCAGCUGCUGUGCUGUUUUUGUUUUCCUGGUUACUGGGGUUACCCUUUUUUGGCAAGUAGGAAAAGUUAUGUACCCUCUUAGCCAAUCCGCCUUUCAAGAAACCUGGGCGAUAGUGAAUGUGAAAAGCUUUGUUUUUGUGAAGUCAUUUCCCCAAAUCAUGUUACUCUCAUUGUGCCGCCGGAAAUUAAUCCAUUGAGAGUUGUCCCAAACGUAUAUUCGUUCCAUCCAGUAAACCCAAAGAUGACAAGUCCUCUUUUUGUUUUAUAUCCGUUACUUGCGAUAUACAAUGGAUGCUUAGGUUUAAUGUACCUAAAGAGGACCUCGGACACGGAACUAUGAUGUAACCGUGAAUCCUAACAGCUUUCAGUGCAUGUUCUAAGAAGAGCUACUUUCUCAGCGUUCUUAAAAAUGUGCUUCUAAUCAAACAGCUGCAUGUUGCGUGUGUCUUGAGAAAAUCAGAUUUAAGAAUGGGAGUUGAAUAGCUAUGCUGCUUUAGCACCUCUUAACCUUUCAAAUGCUUUUGGCAUUCUCCUCUAGAACCUGAUUGAUCUAUGCCACCUCAGAAUGUUUGCGACCCUACAUACAGUAGUGUCAUCUGCCCCAUGGAAGCAUGCUUUAAAGGACUGAUGAGGGAAUGUGUCUUGAUUCAGGGACUAUUUAGUGUGUAACACACAGAGCCAUGAUUUGCCUUUGUCCCUCAGUCAGGUGAAAUAUACAAAGUUAUGUCCAACCUUUGAUCACAGGUACUAAUGUGUUGUUCAGCAACAUGCUACUGUUGGGAUUAUUUCUCACGUUAGCUCUGGAUUGGAAAUAAUUUAGUUACUCGUUGAAAUGGUCACCCACAACCACUUCUCAGGUAGGCCUAUUUUGUUUCCUAGAUACAGUAUACCGGAUAACUAGCUAACAUGCUAUUGCAGGUCACUUUAACCAAUGCAAAAGGUACUAUCCACAUGAACCAGCUUUUGUAAAAAAAAAAAAAAGAAUGAAACACUGCAGGAACACCAGCGAUAAUCUAUCACUAAGGCAUAUGAUAUAAAAUGCUAUUUAGGCUCAAGUUAAUUAAUGUGCAAGAUAAGCAUGUUAGCAGCUGUCUAAUGUAGCUUCACUGUUAUCUUCCCUGACACGGAAAGCAACUGGGGAAGAGCUAGAAAUUGGGUUGACUGCAUGUUUCAUGCAUUAAACCAGAGGUCUCUAUUGCCCAUAUACAGGAGGGACACUAAUCCUUAGUUUAUCAUCAUCUCUAGGCACAGAAGUCCUUCAUGGCUACACUAUACAGCACAGCUACACAAUAGUGUUAUGGAACAAUGGGCUCAAAGGGAAGCGGUAAUCUUAAACGUUAACAGGUUGCCCGUGCAGUAGAAAUGAUAACUGACCUGUAGUUUGCUGUAAGGAGUGUGUGCAUAUGCUUCUGUGUAUUGUUGGAUUUGGUUUGUUGCUUAUUUAUGUCAUGAUGAACUGGAACUUCAAAAGGAGGCCACAAACUCAGUUGCUUAUUAUAUGGUAUUGUUCUCUCCCCAUCUGACAAAAAAAUUAAAAUAUUCUGCCUUUUAAACAA